GGUUUGCUCGGCAGCAUGUCGUUGCACGCCUGGCAGUGGGAGGAUGAGGAGCACUCGAGCACAGGAGUCAUCUCCUCCGUCAACAGCUUCUACCAGUCCCUGAGUGGGUGUGAUGUGGAGGAGUACCUGAAGGCCACGGCCAUGGCCAGCGCCCAGGAGUCCGCCUCUGAAGGUCAGGGCAGCAGCGACUUUUCAGAAGACCCUUCCAGCACCUUCAAUUCCGACGAGCCCCAUGUCGUUCCCUGCAAAUUCAUCAUCUCACUGGCCUUUCCUGUGAACCUGGGUCUUAAAGCAAAGUAUACAAAUUACAUUGAAAAAUAUAAGAAAUACCCUAAAUCAGACAACUCUAUUGCCAAGCAUCGUCAGUUCUACCACAUUGAGUAUUUCCUUCUGCCAGAUGAUGGGGAGCCCAAAGUUGUGGACAUGGUGGUGUUUCCAACAGUGGCCAAAGUAUUCCUGGACUCAGGAAUCAAGACUGUGAAGCCAUGGCCCGAAGGUGACAAAAUGUGGGUGUCGUGGACACACAGUUUUACCAUCAAUGUAACAAAGGAAUUAUUAAAGAAAAUAAAUUUCCACAAAAUAACCUUGAGGCUCUGGGACACCAAGGAUAAGGUUUCGAAAAAAGCCAGGUAUUAUCGAUUAAAGACUACAACCUUGCUGGAGGACAUAGGAUCUUUUGGUAAAAGUGAAGUGAAGCAUCUGGUUGUAGAUCAGAGAAAAUUAUCUGAGAAUGCCGGCAUUGUUGCAGAGGAGUUACAACAGGAGCAUCCACCAGGAAAACUGGAAAAAGCAGAGAAACGCGCAAAGCCCUGGCGAGGUUCUCACCAGACAGAGAUGGAAAAUUUUUACAAGAGCAAUGAGGACUAUGAAAAGUCAGUGAAAACAGAGGACCUUUCCACGGUUCGAUGGAGUGUUUCAAGAACACCAACUAUGUCUCUGGCAGGAGCAACCAUGAUGGAGAUCAAGGAUUUCAUCGAGAGAACAUCAUUUAGCAGCUUAACAAACAUAUUAGAUAGACAAAAGUCUCAAAUUAGAAGGAGCGAGUCAGACGGAAAAAAGAAAACCCGCAAAAAAAGUAAGAAGCAUCGAGGAGAAGAGGAGGGCAACCUCAGACUGGGAAGCCACUGGAAGCAGAGCGCCUUCUCCACCCAGCUGUCGCUGAUACCACUCCUGGCUGGAGAGCAACUUGUUGUGAGCCGUGGCAGUGAGAAGACUGCCAACAUUUUAGAUUGCCUUUUGACUUUAAAGACAGAUACCCCUAUCAUGACCGAGGAGCAAAGGCAGGACUUGAACCCCCUGAUCAUAAGGAUCAAGUGUGCCUCCUGCCUUCCGUCACAGCCUGUGCCCAUUCAGGAGCUCCAGAGGCUGUGCAUCCCUGUGUACUGCAAGUACCAGUUCUAUAAGACUCCAGUUCACAAGACCGAGGGGAAGCCCCAUGGAACCCACAUUCGUUUCCAGGACGUCAAUGUCAUCUUCCUUGGGGCAAUAAACCCCAGUGACCUGAGGGAGUACCUGGAGGGUCCCCCCAUGGUGGUGGAACUUCAUGACAGGGAUCGCAAGUCAGAGGAGUAUUCUCGGAAGCCCAUGCUGUUUGGGGAGGACCGUCUGGAUCCAUACCUCAGCCUCCAGAACCUCAUCUCUCCCCAAGAAACGGAGACCAACCCCUUUGAAGCCCAGAACAAGACAUGGGACCCUUAUGGGAUUUCCCGGGUCAGUUUUGCUGACCUCCUCCUUGGUCACAAGUACUUGAACCUGGUUGUCCCCGUCCAUGGCUGUGAGCUCAAGCCCACACAUGACAGGUGGGACAGCAAGAACAGGAAGGCUGAGGGGCUUGGGGUCCCCAAAGAUGGCUUCCACCAUUGUCCAAUACCCAUCGGCCACUACCUCGAAGCCGACACUUUGCUCAAGCUGCGAGUGGACAUUGCGGUGCCACUGGGGGCCGGUCCCCCCGAUCUGGACUCCAGGGGUGCCCAGUUUGGUCGCAUCAUCUUCGUGUUCCACUUCAGAAAGUGCUUCCUCCUGCACAGCCUGCUGCAGGACAUCACCAGGAUCAACGCCAAGGCCUUCGACUUGGACGCCUACCCCCUCAGGGACAUCCAGCAGAUCCUGUCAGCCUUCAAGAUGCGGGUGAAGAUCCAGGAGCAGCAGCACCUGGACGUGCUCACGGGCUUCCACCUGCUGGACGGCAAGGUCCACCUGUUGGUCCUGGAAGGCGUGGCUGAGCAGGGCCUGAGGCAGCUGUGGGAGAGCCACCAAAGCCGAGUCUCCCAGGCUGAGCAGAGCAAGUACAAGGUGCUGUACAACUCGGGGUUGCUGUUCCGCCACCGCCUCUACGCGGACCUGGAGACGGUCCUGCACCACGUGCACCUGUUCCAGCCGGUCUCGCAGCUGGUGCGGCAGGCGGCGCUCUACGUGCGCAAGACGGUGCCCCGGAGGGCUUUCCAGGCGCUGGCCAGGAUCUAUGAAAUCUGCCACAACAGUACCAACCUCAGGGAGGUGAUCAUAAGAGACCUGUUGCCUUCCUCCGCCAUGAUAAAAGACUUGAGCCAAGAGUUCGGGAUGCCCCUUUCACAGGAAGCGUUCACAAAUGAAAGCCUGUUGGCUGUACCGACACAGCCAGCCCCCAAUCUCGAAGACUUCCAAAGCCGGUCCACCCUCUCUUCAGAGAUCCAGGCCCAUCAGAAGAAAUACCUGCUCUGGCGGAACACCAUGAUGCUGAAGAGGAAAGCCUCGGCCAGCCUGGUACAGAAAAAUAUCAUGGAAGCCUACCAGGUCAGCAAGAAGCCUCCAAAGGCUGUGACGAAGGUGAUUAAAAUUUCGGCCCCUGCCAAUAAGCCUGUUUACAACUAUAGUACUCAGGCCCUGAAUUCCACAGAGCUUGCCAAGAAAGAGCUGUAUCGAGAGAUGGCCAAGGAACGGAGCAAGAAAUUCACAUAUUCUCAGAAUUACCUCUCAGCCAUGGUGGAGCCCGUGGACUUGAAGGAAGAGGAGAAGAAAGCGCAGAUGAAAUCCCGCCAGGCCUGGCUCACAGCCAGAGGAUUCCAACUGACGGGUCUUAAGAGCAGCACUGAGAGCAACCACCAGUACCUCAGGCUGCCACCCAUCCAAGACCAGACUGAGGUGCGUAAGGAGAAAAGGCAGUUUAACAACAUGCUGAAGCCUGUGCUGGAUCGAGACAGGUGGGGCUGGGGCCAGCGCCACUUGGACUUUGAUCUGUACAAGAAGCCACCACCUUUCUUUGAACUGCCCCCUCCACCACCACGGGAGCCUGUGACAGGUAAUGGAAAAGCCCCAUGCCCAGCUGCACCCCUGAUGUCAAGGCAGACAGCACCUGUUGGCCACUCUGCGUAAAGUGGUGCAGUAUUUGUGUUGUUUUAGAUAUCCGGCCAAACUGGUCAUGCUAGGAAACCAUGCCUGGGUCUGCUACAGUAGUUCA